GAGAGGCACGUGAGGAGGCGGUGGCGCUCUAGACCGGUCGCUCGGCGGGAGGAAUGAAAGUGGCGGUCUGGCUGGCAGUUGGUCCCGGUUUCUGGGACUGGGGAGCUAAGGGUGGUGGGGUAGUGGCGCUGCUCAUGGUCCUCUCCUGCUGCUUGGUCUGCGGCUCAGCUGAAAUGGGUGUUGGUAAGAUCAUGCUUCAGGAAUCCCAAGUUUAUAGUUUGACUGCCAGCCAACAGUUCUGUUAUGAAAACGUGCUCAUCCCAAAAUGGCAUGAUGUGUGGACACGGAUACAGAUCCGGAUAAAUAGUUCCAAAUUGAUCCAAGUCACACAGGUUGACAAUGAAGAGAAACUGAAGGAGCUAGAACAGUUUAGUAUCUGGAACUUUUUUUCCUCCUUUUUAAAAGAGAAAUUGAAUGACACCUAUGUGAAUGUGGGUCUGUACAGUACAAAAACCUGCCUCAAAGUUGGGAUUAUUGAGCAGGACACCAUGUACAGUGUCAUCGUGACAAGGAGAUUUGAUCCCAAACUCUUCCUCGUUUUUCUCCUUGGACUCACACUGUUUUUCUGUGGAGACCUCCUUAGCAGAAGUCCGAUUUUCUACUACUCCACUGGAAUGAGUGUAGGAAUUGUGGCCUCUCUCCUGAUCGUCGUUUUCAUGCUAUCCAGGUUUAUGCCCAAGAAAAGUCCCGUUUACGUCAUCCUGGUUGGAGGCUGGUCAUUUUCUUUGUACCUCAUUCAACUAGUUUUUAAAAAUUUGCAAGCAAUCUGGAGCUGUUACUGGCAGUACCUUUUAGGCUACAUGUUGGCAGUGGGCUUCGUGAGUUUUGCUGUGUGUUACAAGCAUGGGCCCUUGGAGAAUGAAAGGAGCAUCAACCUGCUCACCUGGAGCCUGCAGCUGCUGGGUCUGGGCUGCAUGUAUGCUGGCAUCCAGAUCCCACAUGUCGCCCUCGCCCUCAUCGUCGCUGCGCUGUGCACCAAGAACCUGGAGUACCCCGUGCAGUGGCUGUAUAUCACCUACAGAAGGCUGUGUAAGGCAACAGGAAAGCCUGUCCCCCCUCGUCUCCUGACAGAAGAGGAGUAUCGGGCGCAAGCAGAGGUGGAGACUCGAAAGGCUUUAGAGGAGCUUCGAGAGUUUUGUAACAGUCCAGACUGCUCGGCUUGGAAGACUAUUUCUCGAAUCCAGUCUCCAAAAAGAUUCGCUGACUUCGUGGAAGGCUCUUUCCACCUCACACCAAAUGAAGUAUCUGUCCACGAGCAGGAGUACGGCCUAGGGAGCAUCAUCGCCCAGGAUGACGAGGCAUCCUCGGAGGAGGAUGAGGAGAUGGAGGAGAACGCACGGCCGCAGUGGUCUGCUCUCACACAGGGCAGCUCCCUGACCUAGCGGCACGUACCUCCUGUGCGUUCACCAGCCUUGUGCCUCGGUG